GGAUGACCUAAAUGGGUCCUGCUGGAAAUAGGAAACCGAACAAGAAGAGAAAGAGAUAGAGGAGACGCCGACGGCCGGCCAUACCUGACCUGACUAGCCGAAAUCAUCUCAUCAUAUUUGCGCAAAUUGGUACAAGAAAAAGGUAUUGAUUGAACAUAACAAUGGUGGUGAUUCCUCCGCCAGCUAGGGCAGAAAAGAUAACAAGGUAUCUGAAACCUUAUUUACUAAAGAUGCAUUUCACAAACAAGUUUGUUCAUGCACAAGUGGUCCACACCCCAACAGCAACCGUAACAUCAUCGGCAAGCUCUCAGGAAGAGGCGUUUAGGACAAGCAUGGAGUCUACAAGAGACACUUCAGCCGCUGCAAAGAUAGGUAAGUUGUUGGGAGAACGUCUUCUGCAAAAGGAUAUUCCUGCCGUUUCAGUCUUCUUAAAAAGAGAUCAAAAGUAUCAUGGAAAGAUUAAGGCAGUUGUUGACUCGUUGAGGGAAGCUGGUGUUAAGCUUCUUUGAAUUUCAUUUGACGAGUUAAGAAGAAGAAUAAGGUAAAAGGGGGGUGCAGUUUUCAUCAUCCUUCUGCAAUUGUGUGUUGCUAGACAAUUUUAGUAUUGUUUUUGACAAAAUGAUUGUGAUGAGGAUUUUGGAUUUCACAAUUGCUCUUACUUCUAAGACAAUUAUUAAAUCGUAUUUUUGUUUCUUGCAAA